AGUUAUCGGAAAGAAGAGCCUCUCUUUUGCACUGCUAUAUGAAUUUGGCUACACUUUGUUUCUGCCUAUAAUCCUCACCUAAGCUCAAGCCAAAGCAACUUUAGUGCAAAUCUUUAAGACAACACACUGACAUAGAAUGAGUAAACGGUAGCUCUCUUCCCUAUAAAGUUUAUUGACUGGUUUCUUCUCUCUCAUCUGCACCAAAAACGACAGUUUUUCUUUUUCUUUUUCUUUCGAAAAGAAAUGAGUUUGGUGACCGGCCUUACUGUAUUUACGAACUACAUAAAAGUUUAUCAACUAUAUAUGUCUCGUGGACCUGUUGGAGACACUAGCAAGCAAACAUUUUCGUCUGGGACUCCUCACUUUUUCAAGAUUAUUCUUGAACAGAUUCUUCAAGGGAACUUGCUUCAGGUUCCACAAUAUUUUGUGAAAAAAUGUGGAGAAACUUUAACUGAAUCAGUGUCUGUUAAACUUCCAUGUGGUUCCAAAUGGACAAUGAAGUUAGAAAAUUACAAUGGGAAAUUUUGGCUACAAAAGGGUUGGCCAGAAUUUAUGAAGCAUUAUGCUAUAAAAAGAGGCUAUAUGCUAACUUUUAGAUAUGAUGGGAAUUCUGAGAUUUAUGCUGUAAUAUUUGAUACAAAUACUGUAGAGAUAGAUUAUCCUCCUAUCCCUAUUCAUUUUGGUAAGUCUAACAUCGAUGGUGAACUCCGAGCUCCCAAGAGGGAAGUUAUUGAUGACAGCAUUGAUAACUUGGAUGAUAUCUCUCCAUGCCACAAAACAGGACUAAAAUCCUCAUGUUCUCAGCCUCCUAAGAGAAUGAAAACUAGUUCUACAGGGAAAUUCGAUUCACCUUCGAAAAGUAAUAGAGAUAAAUCUGCCACUACCACCACAAAAAAGAUGAAAUAUGGGAUUCCUAAAAUUAUUAAAGCAUUGGAUCAAAAUGAAAGACUUGCAGCUCUGCAGAGGGCUAGUGGUUUUAAAUCUGAACACCCAUUUUAUAAGGUGGUCAUGCAACCAUACUAUCUCGUUGGUAAGAAAUUGACAUUUUCAUGCAUGUUUGCAAACACAUAUCUCAACAACAGAUGUUAUGAUGUAACCCUCAAAGUUCCAAUUGUGAAGAAAACUUGGCCAGUGAAGUACACUUAUAGAGAACAUAAGAGAGCAAAACCCAGACUCCUAGGUGGUUGGAAAACAUUUGUUCAGGACAAUAAUUUAGAAGUAGGUGAUGUCCUUGUGUUUGUUUUGAUUAAGGAGACAAAUGUUUCAUUUGAGGUGGUAAUUUUUCGUGCUGGAGAAAGCUCAAAAGGUUCUGUGAACACAUCUAGAAUACCCAGCUUUCUCAAUAGUUCUCCUGAAAUGCAUCAACAUAUAAGCAAAUCAAGUCAGAGAACAGAGCCGCGACUGGUUGAAAAGAAAUUUCCCUUGACUUUCGAUGAAAGAGUUAAAGUUCUUGAGAAAGAUGCUAUUGAACAUGGAAAGUCUUUCUUCAAGAUUGUUAUACAACCAUCAAAUAAGUGUCAUGUGCAUGUACCAUUCGACAUAGUUGAGAAACACAUUAGGAAUGAAGGUGAUGUCGUUCUUUCAAUUCCAAAUAGUAGACAAUAUUGGUCUGCUCAAUUAAGGAAGAGGAAGAGCUACAUAACUGGGAAUUCCUCAGCUGUUAUCUUUAAUGGUUGGAAAGAAUUCAUGGCAGACAACAAUUUGGAAGUGGGUGAUGUCUGUAUAUUCGAGCUUCUUAACGGAACUGAAAUUUGGCUUCAAGUUUUGAUUGUCCGCGUUUCUGAUGAUUUAUAACACCAAAGGUCUCAAGACAGUAACUCUGUAGAAGGUGAGAACAAGCCAAAGGAAGAUGAGAGAGUGAAAAUUGGAACAGAUUCAUGAGAUGCGAACAUGUAAUGAAACUACUGACCUUUGAAAUGAAUAUAUGUGUAAGCUUACUUAGAUAUAAAGAACACCUGUUUCUCAUAUUAGAUGUAUAUACUGUAAAAUCAAUAUUGUCGUUGUUUGAUAUAUUUGUCCCAUGUAAGGUUAUGUUUGUCGUUUGGUAAGAUAUAUUGUUUUGUUA